AUGGAGUCUGAGAAAAUAAACAUCUACUUUGAAAAAGUGCAGCGAAUGUUGGAACAGAAAAAAAACAGCAUCCACGCGGAGUUUGACAAGGCAAAACGUGACUUCAUGCAAGCUUAUGAUCCAAGGAUUAACAAAACAAACACUCUGCUUGCAGACGUGGACAAUGUUCGCAAAAGUGCUGAAAAUUUAAAGGUGAAAUCAGACCCUCUCCGAUUUCUCCAGAAAGUGCAGGAAUGUAGGCAGAAGAUCUGUGAGGUUAAGGAAGUGCCUAUACCAUUAGUUCCUAACCUGGCAGUUCCUAAUUUGGCAGUCAGCCCUCGUAUGCACAAAAUUUCUUUGUCUAAAUCUCCAAAGAGGAAGGCUAAUCCUUGGUCACAAAUCCUCCACCGUGUUCGCACUGUAUCUGUUGUAAUACUGCUUUUUUCUGUGGUGCUAGCAGCAGCUUCCUCUGGGUCCUUUGAUAUGAUUGUCAAUGAAUAUGUAUAUGCAGCUAGCUCCUUCCUGUCACAUAUCACUGGAAAGGCCAUCAAUUCUAUUCCUGCUUGCUGGUGGCAGACGGCAGAAGAAAUAUUACACGUGACCAAAAGGUAUUCGUCUAAUGUGAUGAGCUUUAUAGAAAACCUGGCUGAAUUUGCAUCAAGAUUGACAAAAGAUCCUGAAAAACGAUUGUUACUGGGCAUGGAGUUAAAGAAGACCACUCCAGUUUCAACGACAGUUUCGCCAGUUGUCAAAAUUAAUAAGAAGCAAGUAAAGACAUGGUCCACUUGUUCAGUGCAUUUUGCAAAUAGCAGUGAUUAUGGACCGGUGAUUCCAUGUAAGAGCUGGAGCUUAAUAACUACAAGGCCUGCAAGCCAUUUUUUGACCCUAUACGAAUAUUUAAAUCCAGUACGCUUAUAUCUGUCAAACGCCGUUGGAAAGGCAGUCUCACACAUCUCUAGUUACUGGAAACUGAUAGUAGAAAAAGUAUUCUUUGUGAAGAAAAAGUGGCAGAGCUACAUCACCACAUUUAUAGAAAGCGGCCGAAAUAACCUAUUCCUUUAG